AUGUCUUCCUCAACGGGAAUCCUCUCUUCCACAAGCGAAGAGCAACACACAUCAAGCUUCAAGGAGCAGCUGGACCAGAAGGCCAAAGAUGACCGUCACCCACCAAGCACCGAGACCGAACCUGGCACCGCGCAGAUACUUAAGGAGAAAGUGAACCACUACGUCCCAGCCGCAGCUAAGAUCCUGGGGACCGAUGCAGAGCAGAAGGAAGACGAACGCACGACUCCGCCCAAGGAGACCCAUAGCUUCCCUGCACGUCCCAGCCAUGACGCGAAUAUUGAAGACUUCAUUCGUGAUCAGCAUAAGAGUAAGAAGGGGGCAGAUGGGCAGCUGGCCGAGGUGUAG